UCAAUCUCUUACUUUGAUUAUUGCAUUAUAGUGGCUGACAUCAUAUGCAUUAAGAGCCUAUCACCAAGUAAGCAUGCGCGCACUACACUUACUAUGAAGAAGCAUUUUCCUAGAUUAUAAUAGCAAAAGAUUUUCCACAGUUACCAAGCUUAUGGAAAAUGGCUUAUAUAUAUUAGUGGUGUACACUAAAGUCUCCAAGUACAAGCAAGUAGGUAAAGUAAAUGGUCUUCCAUUUCUAGAGCAGAGAUAAAGGGAAAAAAUAAUGAAGACAGUUGAUGAGGAAGUUCGAAAGGGUCCUUGGACAGAACAAGAGGACAUUCUAUUGAUAAACUUUGUUCACUUAUUUGGAGAUCGUCGAUGGGAUUCUAUAGCAAAAGUUUCAGGUUUGAAGGUGGCGGGAGACAAAAAAUAGGUUUGAACAGAACAGGAAAGAGUUGCAGGUUGCGCUGGGUUAAUUACCUACAUCCAGGUCUCAAAAGAGGGAAGCUGACACCACAAGAAGAAAAGCUUGUGUUGGAACUUCACUCCAAAUGGGGAAACAGAUGGUCCAGAAUCGCUCGAAAGUUACCAGGGCGAACAGAUAAUGAGAUCAAGAACUAUUGGAGGACUCAUAUGAGGAAAAAGGCCCAGGAGAAGAAACGAGCAAUUUCCCCGUCAAUUUCAUCUUCCAAUUAUUGUUCCUCGUCAUCAAAUGUUACAGUAAUGAAUUCAUUCCCUGUCCAAGAUUCUGGGGAAGCAAGCUUUUAUGACACUGGAGGACUUGACAAGCUAGAUUUGGGAGGAAAGAACAUUGAGGUAGUCAAAGAAGGUGAAAAGGGAUACUCCAUGGAUGACAUAUGGAAAGAUAUAGAUCUGUCAGAGAAAAGCAAUAUAACACCAAUUUAUGGAUCCUAUAGUGAAGAAAGUUGCAAUUUUUCAUAUCCUUCUGUGGCUUCCCCCUCAUGGGAAUAUUGUUCAGACACACUAUGGAGAUUAGACGGAGAAGAGAGUAAGCUGUUUCUCCCUGGAGAUGAAUCUUUUCCCUCUUAUGAAGAUGCAAGAGCAUUUUUAACCGGCUAAUCAGAAAUUCAUUUAUUUAGAUUCGUUCAUAUAUAUGAUAAGUUCCCAGUGAAGCUCUAACCUGUACAGUUAAAGUUUUCUCUAUGCUUCCUGAUGCAGUUUUCUAUGUCCCCAAAUCACUAUAAUCAUCCUGUGGAUAUUUAUCUUCCAGUACUUUGUGUGUGGUCACUUCUAAGUGAGGAGGAAACUUCAUCAAAUCUCCUACAUGGAGAUUGGCAUCUUCAUGGAUGUAAUGUAUAAUAUGCCUCUAAGUUUUCAUUACUAAAAAUUGUCUAAAGCUUGUCUUAUGUCUACAUCAAUUUUAUAGUUACCUGA